UCUAAUUGACUCUAACUUGACGUCACUGUUAGCAGCUAACAUUCAGACGGCAGAAACACGAGUGUCUUCAUCUUGGAAAUAAUCGAUAAAAAAGCGGAUUAUAUCAGUUCUGAAAUACAUCUGGUCGUCGUGUCUGCUCGCUGCUCCAUAAUGGCGUCCGCUGUUUGCUCUGCUGGAGGUUUUAACCGGUGAAAAACUUAAAAAAAGGUCGCUACCUCCACAGAUGUGGCCUCUACCUCUGCUGAGACUCCUGUUCAUGAACGGCGAGGAUGCUCUGAUCGAGUGGCUGUGGCUCGGCCUGGAGGGAUGACAGGACUUUAGCAGACAUGGAGACAGGGGAGACACACAGACAGCUGGAGACGCCGCAUUUACUCAGUCUACAUUCUCCACAUUAGAUCCACUCAGGAUAACAGAAACUCCUAUUUUUAUAUAUUUUUUAUUGAGAGCUGCUUUUCUUAGUUAUUGUGAAGCCAUAUUCAGUCGCCAGACGUCACGAUGAGCUCCGAGGGCUUUCAGUACCGAGCGCUGUACGACUACAAGAAGGAGAGGGAGGAGGACAUCGACCUGCACGUUGGAGACAUGCUGCUGGUCACUAAAGGGGCGCUGCUGGCGCUCGGCUGCAGCAACGGAGCCGAAGAACGACCCUCAGAGAUCGGCUGGCUGCCGGGCUUCAAUGAGACCACGCAGGAAAAGGGCGACUUCCCGGGGACGUAUGUGGAGUUUAUUGGCAGAAAGAGGAUGUCACCUCCCACUCCGAAGCCCCGCCCACCCAGACCGCCGUCUGCAGCAUCAGUGAGGACCGACUCCGAGUCUGAGGGCUUCAUGUUGCCAGACCUCCCGGAUCAGUUUGGACCCCCGGACUCAGCCCCUCCCCUCCUCAGCAGACUGAUGGAGGCCAUAGAGACCAAAGGUUUGGACAGUCCCGGUGUGUAUCGCAGUCUGAGUGGAGCAGGUCUCGAUACCCGGCAGCUGGCCGACACCGACCUGGAGCAGCUGGAGGUGUCGCCGCUGUGUGACGGGGUGGUCCGGUACCUGCAGGAUCUGCCCGGUCCCGUCCUGCCCUCCUCGCUGCAGGCAGACAUGAUUCACGCGGUGCAAGAGGUCCGCGACCUGGAGGACUGCGCCCAGGUGCUGCGGGGGAUAGCCAGCUCGCCGACCUGCCCGGCCCAGUACGGCCUGACCCUGCUCAGCGUGGUCCGACACCUGGCCCGGCUCUGUCUGCACGGCUCCAGAAACCAGCUGAGCCCCCGGAACCUGGCAGAGAGCUUCAGCCCGCUGCUGUUCAGACAGACUGCAGGGCCCGAGUCCAGUCUGGAUCCUCUGGUCCAGGUCCUGGAGGUUCUGAUAACCAGUGAGCUCAACAUGAACCAGGCUGCACCAGCGUUGCCUCCUAAACCGGUCAAGUCUUCGACUCCAGCAGCUCCCAGUAGUUUUAACAACAGCAUCUCCCUGCAGGACGCCGAGUGGUACUGGGGAGACAUUUCCAGAGAGGAGGUGAAUGAGAAGCUGAGGGACACAGCUGACGGUACGUUCCUGGUUCGAGACGCCUCCACAAAGAUGCAUGGAGAUUACACCCUGACUCUGAGGAAAGGAGGCAACAACAAAUUGAUAAAGAUCUUCCAUCGGGAGGGAAAGUACGGCUUCUCCGACCCUCUGACCUUCAGCUCAGUGGUGGAGCUCAUCAACCAUUACCGCCACGAGUCCCUCGCCCAGUACAACCCCAAACUGGACGUCAAGCUGCUCUACCCCGUCUCCAAACACCAGCAGGACCAGGUGGUGAAGGAGGACAGCAUCGAAGCUGUGGGGAAGAAGCUCCACGAGUACCACCUGCAGUACCAGGAGAAGAACCGAGAGUACGACAGACUGUAUGAGGAGUACACCAGGACCUCUCAGGAGAUCCAGAUGAAGAGGACGGCCAUCGAGGCGUUCAACGAGACCAUCAAGAUCUUCGAGGAGCAGUGUCAGACUCAGGAGCGCUUCAGCAAAGAGUACAUUGAGAAGUUUCGUCGAGAGGGCAACGAGAAGGAGAUCCAGAGGAUCAUGGAGAACUACGACAAGCUGAAGUCUCGGAUCAGCGAGAUCGUGGACAGCAAGCGCCACCUGGAGGUCGACCUGAAGAAACAGGCGGCCGACUACAGAGAGAUCGACAAGAAGAUGAACAGCAUCAAACCAGACCUGAUCCAGCUCCGUAAGACCAGGGACCAGUACCUCAUGUGGUUGACUCAGAAGGGAGUUCGUCAGAGGAAACUGAACGAGUGGCUCGGCCUGAAGAACGAAACCACAGAGGAUGAGUACAGCAUGGUGGAGGAUGAGGAGGACCUUCCUCACCAUGACGAGCGUCUGUGGCGUCUGGGAAACAUCAACCGCAACCAGGCCGAGUCCCUGCUCCGCGGGAAGAGAGACGGGACCUUUCUGGUCCGGGACAGCAGCAAGCCGGGCUGCUACGCCUGCUCCGUGGUUGUGGACGGAGAGGUGAAACACUGCGUCAUCAACAAGACGAGCACCGGGUUCGGUUUCGCGGAGCCUUACAACCUGUACGGCUCUCUGAAGGAGCUGGUGCUUCACUACCAGCACACAUCGCUGGUCCAACACAACGACUCGCUCAACGUCACGCUGGCCUUCCCCGUCUACAGCCAGCAGAGACGGUGACCCGCCUCCUGAUCCACACUGGCACCGUGGACCAGCAGGAGACCUCGUUUACACACUCGACCCCCCUCCCCAAGAACACAAGCCGGUUGGGCCACACGACACAUUCAAAGCUCUGUGAUUAGAUAGCACAAUAGUGACGUCCGGGACGGACAUCAGGAGUCUGUCUCAAAGACUAUAAACAGUCCUGGUGCUGCAGAUCACAAAGGUUAAAGUCCUUACAUGGAGCUCUUACUUCCUGUCAGCAGCUCCACCUGAUUUAAAAAAACUCUGCAGUGAAAAUAUAGUUCAGUUAUGCAACAUCAACAUACAUUGUGAUUUACUCUCAUCAGAGAUCAGAUACUCGAGGUCGGGAUCACACAGGAACCUUAUUGUUCAUUUUUCUGGCGGAUUUGAGCGUCGCUACAAUGAAAGAGCGUUUGGAGGGUUCUUAAAGGGUUAAAAAGGCAUUCUUCAUUUCAUCUGGAAAAUUAGAAAAGUGAAACAAAAAGAAUUCCUAAAUUCAGACUUUAAACAUUUUCUGCAGCUAGACUUGUUGUGCUGCUUACAGCGAGUUUAAUGUCCAUUUACUGUACGUGCUGUCAGAGCAUAACGAUAAACCACUCAGGUGCGACAAGAGAGGAUAACUGUAUGUCUAAUACCCAAUCAGGUUCACUUACCACUAACGUUUGAUAACCUAAUGAACAGGAAGGCUUCCUGUGUGAUCACGACUUCACUCUCCAUUUCCUGUCUGUGGCGAAACGAGGAACUGAACUGUCGCUUCCUUUCGGCUUGUGGAGGUCAGAACUGGUCUGGAGCUGAGUCGUCUCCAUUAAUCAUGAACUGCUGAUCCAGAACGCUUCAGCAGAACCCCAACUGGACCGGACUCUGAUGGUGUUCUUCCACCAAGAUAGCUCUGGUUCUUGAACCGGUUCUUGGACUCUUGGAACCUCGGUGCUAUCUCGUGAUCCACCAGUUUUGAGGGGAACCAUUGUAAUCAAGGAUGCAUCAUCAACGAAGGGCGCUGCACGACCACCUGUAGAAUACGACGCGCCCACUCCAGUUCCCGAGGUAAACCGGCUGUAUUUUGGUGCCAGCUAGGAACCAACUUUUCAGGUUCCAUGUUCAAUGUUCCCAACGGUUCAGAACUAGGUGCUUCAAACCGGAACAGAGCCGGUUCCCUGUUGGUGGGAAAGACCAAUGAGACUAAAACAAACUGAUGAUGAUGUCAAAGGCAAAACGGCGGACAAUCUAGAGAGACUUUUAUGCGAACACUGUGAGGGACUCCGAACGAGGUUUAACAUGAGGGCAAUUUUCAUAUCAGGAGAAAUAAACAACCUGCAUCAUCCAAAGACUCAACCCCCCCAGCACCGCCUCCCCUGGACCCUCCCAUCAGCAGCGUCCCGGUUCUUCAGGUCUGUCUCGUUUACCGCCCGAGAAUGUUUUCAUUUUGCUGAGCAGACGGACGACUCUGGUAUUCUUUUGCUUAAAACGUCCACAAAGAUUUUCUGGAUUAGAAACUGUGACAGACGAGAACUUUCUGGAUCUGCUCGAAGGAUUUUCAGCCGAGCUUCGUGGACUGAGCGCAGCCUGUAAACAAACGGAAAGUGAUGGAUUAUUUUUUCCCCCUUUUGGUGCAUUAAGAGAAACCAGGUACAGGAGAUGAAACGGUCUGUAUGGAUGUUGAGGGACUCCCAGGUAUUUCAUCUGUUGUCAUGGUAACCUCCUGGUGACUUUUUCCACUCCUGGAUCGGUUGCAACGUGUUUGGAAAUGUCCUGAAUUUUUCAAGCUCUUAUUUUACUUAUUUCGUAAAAGUCCAGUUUGUUUCCUUUCUGACGUUAAUCCAGCGAACACAAAGAGAAACCGCUAAUAUUUAGACGACAACGAGUCAGGAACUGUUCAUUGUUUAGGAGCUCCGAUUAAUAAAACGGUUGGUUUGAAUUCUUUUUUAUACUGCGAGAAACAUUUUGUCUCCAUUUUGUUUAAAUAAUCUCCAGAAUCAGCGGAAACCUGGAGGUGAAAAGACAAGUAUUCAUCCACAGACAUCUUUUAUUUCUCCAGUGAACUGUAAUUAAUAGCUGAUGUGUGUGUGUGUGUGUUUGUGUGUUUGUGUGUGUUAGACAUUCAUUACCUUCCUCACUUUGAGUCGCAUGUAGACAUUUUCAUAUUUGAGAUUUGUGCACUGACGAUUACAUUUAAGGCCUCUUUUUGUCAAAAUUUGAUCAAAUUAAAACAACGCAUCCUCUGAAUGCAGCUGCAACUAAAGAUUGUUUUCUUUGAUUAUCCCUCGAUUCUUUAAUUUAAUCACUUAGUUGAGGCAAAUUUCAGUCCCUCCAGGAAGUUGCGAGCACAACAGUUACAGAUUUAACCAAUCCCUGUGAAUUCUGCACAAUCUCGUCCAAUCACCACAACUUUUCUGACUGAUCCUUGUAGUUGUUGUAGCAAAUUGAGAUUGAGAAUAGAUUUGAUUUUUAUUCUCACUAUUUUUGCAAGUUUCACUUCACUCAUUUCAGUUUUCAUUGCAAAAUAAUCCCUAAAAACAUUGCAACAUUAAACACAAUUUUUGCAGCCUGUGAGAUCCUGAGGGACUUCUUCUCAAGUUUUUUUUUAUCCAAACUACAGUCCAAAAGAUAUUCAGUAGAACCACAACAGGCAAUGAUUUUUCGUUAUCAGUAAUUCUAAUUCUAGUAAGUCAAUUAGUUUCUUGUCAAAAAUGAUAUCAGACUGCUUGUUGUGUUCGAACGUGACUCCAAAACUCAAAACAUAUUGAGUUCACGUCAAAAGAAAAGCUGCAAAUUUUCUGAAAAAUCCCUUAAAGAUGAAUCGAAUUACUUCAGCUCUUUGUUUGACAACGUACCAAGUUUGUUUGUAUUUUGAGCCAUUUUUUAGAAGAAAUUACAAGUGUAAUUAUGAUGAAUUUUCUCUUUCAACUACAGUAACAGUAAAACGUUAUAUUUUAUGGAUGCAGGAAAGACCAACUAUAUUUGACAUGUAAUGAAUUUUGAUCUGUAAAUAAUUACAUAAAAUGUUUGGAAAGAACAAUGGAAAUACAAUUAUUCCCAACAAAAACAACACAAACAAACAAUAUUAAUGAAAAGAGUGAAUGAAAUAAAUGUUUAAUUUAUGUAAAAAACAAUAAAAAAAUGGGCCUGAUACUGAGCCCUGAGGAACUCCUCCAUUUAGAACCGACUGAUUUAUGUUUCUCUUCAGUUUGUUCUUGGUUUCAUUCUCGGUUUUAAAUGAUAAUUAGUGCAAAAGUCUCAAAUAUCGGAACUGAUCUGCUUGUAUGUAACAAACUGAGGUCGACUCAUUGCAGGUUUAAAAAUCAUUCCAUGGUUAUUAAACUGGAUUCUUAGGAUGUUUGAGCUUAUUCGUCUUUGUUUUUUCUUACAAACUGACAAGAGAAUUUAUUUUCUGAAUUACUUUCUGGCCUGAAAGUAAAAGUACAUUCUGAGUAAACUCCUGUCAAGAUACAGUUUUUGCAUGGUUGCAUUCUUUUUAAUAUGAUGUUGGAUUAAUUUCAGGCAGUUUUUGAAAUGUAAUGGUUUUGCUUUCAUGAUGCAGCAUCUGUGGCUCAUAAAUAUUUAUUUUGAUUAAACAUAUUUCCAUUUUCUGACCGUAUUUACCCAGUGUGGAUGAAAAUGAUGAUUAAGAGAAACGGUGGCAUUGUUUUGGUUUCUCCAGCUAUUAUUUGUUUCAGUGUAUACUGUUUUCAGAUGAUGGGACAUAUUUCCAGGUAGUUUUAGCCCAUACGGCCUAAAACUUCAAAGUCAGACUAAACCACCAACUGCUCGUGCUGUUUCUGCUGAACACAACAAUGUCAAUAUUCACCUCAUUAUAUUUUCAGAAGCAAGUCAGAACACUGGUGAGUAAAUCUGUUUGAUGUUCAUCCUCAUUCCAUAAAAUACAUAAACAGUAUUUUCUGUAUCAGAAAUCAUCAUCUUUUGUUUUUUAUUCCUUCUCUCUUUGCUUCUCACUCAUGUUAAUGUCAGAAUUGAGCAAAAUAAAGCACCAGGAUCUUGAAA